GUAAACUCCAGCGUGUAAAUAUAGCGAUAAUAGAAAUGUGUUUGCUGUUCUAUGCGUACUUGUAUCGAAAUGCUUGUUGUUCACUUUCUCAUUGACAGCCGAUAUCAGCUAUGGGAUCUAGAAUCUUAUCUGUUUCGUUAUGUGUUUUAGGAAUAAUAGGACUUGUUUCGUCUCAGAUGGAUGACGCUUUAAAAAAAUGCUUCUCUGAUCCUAGAGUUAUACAAGGUUGUAAUGAGUUCGUUAUGGACGAUCCAGCAAUGGAUUUAUCGAAUAUGCUUGGCGGAUCCAUGGAUUUAUUACACGUAAAUAAUGUGUUGAAUGCACUCUUCGCAGACAUGAAUCACUGUAUUCAAAGAAAUGCUCGCAAAUACUGCUCUAAGAAAGCACAAAUGAUGGCAAGAAACAUGGAUCCAAAUUUUGUUAAAGAUGCACUUCUUAUGUAAAAUGAUCAGCACGAAAGACAUGAUCCAAAUUAUUGUGAUGAAAAUUAUUACUUUAUGUUGUUGAAAAUAAAUGUCUUUCACAAACAUAAA